AUGAAGCUUUAUAGCUUCUUGCUCUCUGUGAUCGUAUCGUUCCUUGCUUUCUGUUUCGCGUCUUUGGACCUUGAAUACUUGAACCGUGGUCAGAACCUUCACUUCGCGUUCAAGAUGACGGGUCCCGUCUUUUUCUGCGCGCGUCCUGGGGGAGGAUUGACUCCGAUGGUCCCCCUCGAUGAGCUCCCCCCUACCAUCUCUAUCCGAGGUGUUCCUCGUACUAUCUCCCCAGCUGAUACCCAGGGAAUGACGAGUUGUGGCAUGGCCCGCCCUCGUGCUGAGCCAUGGGCUGUUGAGGGAACUCCCAUUGUGGCCGCCUCGAAUCAGAAUGAUUUAAUCGAGCUCAAGUCGGUUCUCAUCAAAAUAAUCAGCGACAACUCUUUGCCCCUUCACCAUCGGGGCAUCAUUCAGAACGCCAUGAAUCGCUGCUCGCUUCGAACCAUUCCCGUUAUUGAGGUAACCGGCCCAACUACCCAAGCUGCCGCUGUACCUGUUUCUACAAACCAGGGCACCAGUCUCUCUGGGAAUGACCAGCCUGCUCCCAUCCGUCGUGAUCAGGAUCAAGGUCCUAACCGUAAGAAGUACUGUUCAUACUGGAUCCGCCAUGGCGAGUGCGACUAUCUCCAGCAGGGAUGCAUGUUCAAGCAUGAAAUGCCCCUGGAGCCUCGCCUCAUCGAGGAAUUGGGUCUUCGCGAUAUCCCGAGAUGGUAUCGUGAGAAGUUCAACGUUGCCAGCUUACUUCACGCAACUUAUCAGCGGCCACAGGGCCAGCUCAGCACUGUUGAUCGGCUCCACCAAAAGGCCAUUGAGUUCAAUGAAGCUUCAGCUGCGCCUCACGAUCGUGGCAGCAAUGCAGAAAAUGCCAAUCACCGUAUCAACAACAACGGUCGAUUCAAGACUCCUCGUGGUGCUCAAAAUGGAAAAGCCCGCGGCAAUGGUCGUACCCACAAUGGUAACCGCAACAUGAACCAGGCUGCCAAUGCCAUGCACAAUACCAACGGCAUGAGCCAGAUGCACACUGAGACUACUAAUGGCAUGGGUCAGAUGCACAAUGUGCCUCGCAAUAUGACCCCGGACAACAGUACUAGUCCCGACAGUGUUAUCAGCCACCUUUCCAUGAAGACAGGUGCUCCCGAUGAUCUGAAGAAGACCACUAUGAUGAAUAGUGUGUCAACCAACCCGGCCAUCAUUCCUGUCACGUCAGUUGCGCCUCCCACUCGCUUUGGGGCUGGGCCACUGGGAUUUCAUGGCUAUCCGGUUCCCCACCGCGUGGAGAACAACAGCAUGCGUCAUGCUGCGUCCCUGUCAGGCCGCGGAUCGAUCAAGCCCCAAAUGAACUAUCUGGAUGAAGACACUUCCAGUGACUCGGUCAACACCUGCAAAUCCUCUAAAGCUGCCGGAAUGCCGAAGAUCCCUGAUGUGUUUUGUCGUCGGCAGUCUCGCCGUAUGUAUGAUUUCGGCUGCGACGGUGAUGUGAAGAAGAAGUUGGGCGCGAACCCCGAUGUUCUCACACCUAUCGAGGAGACUGUCGAGUCCGACGUUGAUGAUACCGAUGUACUUGAGCCUCUGCAGUUCAAGUCUGAUAUUCUCGAGGCUGGCGUUUUCCAAUAUGAUGAGUGCCAAUCUGUCCCGGUUCUUUCUACCAUGGGAGCACUCCUCAAGAAGCUCCUCUCGAAUUCCGAGGAAAUUGACCCUCACCGGGUCCUUUUCAACUUCGGACCCAUUGGUGAGGAUGUAAUUAUUCCACCCAAGAGACAGUGCCCCAAGACUGGUACACUGAUUGACACCAAAAAUGUCGAUGUCACUCCGGUCCCCGCGAUGUACAAAUUUGGCCAAAAUGCCAUGUACGACCGUUUCAACAAACAAUAG